AUGAAGCCCUGCUGCCUGGAGACGCAGCGUAUGACGACGCUGGGCAGCUGCAACGUGGGGCAGCGCAUAGGUGGUGCCACCGCCUUUCGCUUGGGCCAUUGCCCAAAGACUGCUUCAGAGGCAGCUCGCCUUAUCGACGAGGGCCUGACCAUGGAUAGUGUCAGCCUGGCACAAGGCGGUGCCAGCUGGCCCUUGCUCUCGCUUGCCGCGAUCCCCGUGGCUCUGUGGGCCUUGGCAAGGUCAAGCAGGAUGUGUCCGAGACGUGCAACGCGCAGCGAGGACCCCUUGCUGCAAGAGGAGGCUGCGGUGCCAGGAUACGGCGGCUUCAUUCCCAGUAAGGUAGCGGGCAACUGCUUCGGCAAGCGCAUGGCCUUGGAUAACCUCCACGCAACGGAGAUGCGGAAGCUGAACGAUGAGGGCGCGGAGAGUCGCACAAACUGGAUUGUGGCCUGCGAGACGAACCGGAAGAGGUUGGCCCAUGGUGCUUUUGCUGUCAAGGAGAAUUUCCAGUUUACACGGGAGGCCCCCAACCGCGAUCGAGACUCCGCGUGGCAGCUUUGGGAGCCCAAGACAGCGCACCAGUGGAUGCGCUACUGA